UAUUUUUAUUUAUUGGCUGCGUUGGGUCUUUGUUGUUACACGCUGGCUUUCUGUAGUUGUGGAGAGCAGGGGUUACUCUUUAUUGCAGUGCACAGGCUUCUUAUUGCGGUGGCGGCUCUUGUGGAGCACGGGCUCUAGGCUCAUGGGCUUCAGUAGUUGCAGUACGUGGGCUCAGUAUUUGUGGCUCUCAGGCUCUAGAGCAGAGGCUCAGUAGUUGUGCUCAGGCUUAGUUGCUCCGAGGUGGCAAUGAACAGCCUUCUUAUUGCGGUGGCUUCCCCUGUUGCGGAGCACAGGCUCUAGGCUCAUGGACUUCAGUAGUUGCAGCGCGUGGGCUUAGUAGUUGUGGCGCACGGGCUCAGCUGCUCCGUGGCAUGUGGGAUCUUCCCGGACCAGGGCUCGAACCCAUAUCCCCUGCAUUGGCAGGCGGAUUCUUAACCACCGUACCACCAGGGAAGCCCAAUACCUAACUUCUUUUAACUUCCAUUUCCUCACCUUUAGAAUGGGAAUAAAUGAGAAUCGGCUUCAUUGGGUUGCUGUGCAGAUCAGUUGGGAUCAAGGAAGUCCAGGCACACAGGGAGCAGCUCAGACGGUGGGUGGCAGCUCUUACACUCCGGUUCCUGCCUGCUGGGACACUCACCUUCCUAGGCACUCCUUGCCUCUGUUUCUUCAUUUGUGAGCCCAGGAUAUCUCAGCCCAGGAAUGUGGGGGUUGGAAGUGAUGUGGAAAAGGUUUCCUGAUUCUCGCAGUAUGUUUUCUGGGACAGAUAUGUUCUUGUUUUGACAUAGUUAAUGUGGAGUUCCUGCUUACCCAUGAGCUGGACGUUUUGCUGUGUGCUUUAUGUACAACAUUCAACAGAUAUUUUUUGAGGGCCUUCUACUCAUCGGGCCCUGUUUGAAGUAGCUUGAAUACAAUAGUGCUCAGAUUCUAGGGAGAGAGGGAGAUUACAAUAAAUUAUCACAUAGACAUAACAUUUGAAGGAUGAUGAGUUAAUAAGCAGUGAAGAAAAGUGGAACACAAGGGAAACGGGUGUUUUACACAUUCAGGGCAGCCUCUGAUAGGGUGACGAUUGGGCGGAGAAGGGGGUGAGCCAUGUGACCCUCUGGGGGAAGGGCCCUCUGUAUGGAGGGAACAGCGUGUCCACAGGCCUGAGGUGGGAGGUGCUCAGCGCUGUCAAGGAGGGUCUCACUGGAGGGGGAGAGUGGUAGGUGCUUGGAGAGGAUGGAGCGGUGUCUGUCAGGAGCCCCCUGUAGGACUCUGUAAGGACUCGGCUUGAGACAGAGACCUGGGAGGGUUUUGGCGAAGGGGUGGCACUGUCUGACUUAGGGGCAUGCUAGCUGCCAUGUGACGAACAGACCAUCGGGGAGCAGAGGUGGCAGCAAAUCACUCAGAGGCUGCUACGGUAGUUCAGGAGUGAGGUGGGGUGGAGGGGACCCCAGGUGUGUCUGGCCAGGUUGUGGAGGUGGGAGGGGCCACACGUGGUUGGGAUGAAGAUUGUGAGAGAGGAGCCAGGAGGAUGCCAAGGGUUUUGGCCUGAGCAACUGAAAGGAUGGAGGUGCCCUUCAGGGAAAGGAAAUAGACCACAGUCACCAAUGUGUCACACGUUGAGCUGGGGAGGAUGAGGUGAUGGUGGCAUGUGGUACCUCACUGAGUCCUGAUGAAACCCCUGUGAGUAGUCAUUAUUAAUCCCAUUUUAUAUGCAAGGAAAUAGAAGCCCACAGCGCUCAAGUAAAUUCCCAAAGGCCACCCAGCCCAGGCCCCUGUGAUUUCAUGGCCCCUGAGACUGGGCAUUCCCUGUGACCCUUUUUCUGCAUAAAUGCCACCAUAGUGGUCCAGUCCAAACAACCUCCCUGUCCACCCAUAAAAGCUCCCUGCAGUGGUGCUAUGUGCUGGAGAGGGCUCUAGAAGAGUGACCUGCUCCCUGCCUCCCUUCCCUUGGUGUUGGCCAGGGCAGAGGGAGAGGGAAGCUGACUGCCAGCACCUGCUCUGGGGGCUCCCUCCAGGUCAUUGGCAGCCCAGAGGAGGAGGUGGUGGUGACUUAAUAGGCCCAGCAGACGAAGAGAAGAUAACUUGGACUCAGGUUUAAACAGCAGCCUCUCACCAAUAAUGAAAGAUCAGGAGCGGGGAAACUGUAGAUAAAAAUAGCACUUACUAGUUAACUGGAAAACAAUAUAUUUUUGCAACCACUGGUUCCACAAGAAAAUAAUUGGGUCCCAAGGCAGGGAACGACUCGUUUUCAUGAAUGAUUACAUUUAUCAUUGGAGCAAAGUGGAUACAUCCCCUUUGGAAAGCAAUUCAAAGGAGAAGCGUGUGGCUUGUCAGACGUGCUCAGGGUGAAAUCCUGAGAGGCUGCAGGAGGAGGAAAGAGGCUGGAAGUUAAUGAGGGAGCGGGCUCCCCCGGUGGGGUGGGCGGGUGUGGGGCUGUUGAUUGGGAGAUGCAAAACAAGAGAACUCGCUUCCAACCUAAGUCCCGAGCUCUCCUGAAGGAGUAAAAAAAAAAGAGUGUCCUUUCACAUUUCAGUUCCUUAUUCUGCUUGAACCCAUUGGGUGUUUUGUUUGUUUCCACUUUUCUCAGGGAGGGAUUUACUAGCAGUGAGCAGCCUGUUCUCGUGGAAGGAGGAGCAGGCUGGAGGCUGUAAGGCAGGUCCUUCUGGCGUUCCUGUGCAGGACCAUCACAGCUAGGGAGCUUGGCCUCCAGUGACUCCUGGCUCCUGGUUCUCGGUCUCACUGGCUUCCCUCUUUCCUGGGAAGAUGUUCCUGGUGGGCCUGACAGGGGGCAUUGCCUCAGGCAAGAGCUCGGUGAUCCAGGUGUUCCAGCAGCUGGGCUGUGCAGUGAUUGAUGUGGACGUCAUUGCCCGGCGUGUCGUCCAGCCAGGAUACCCUGCCCACCGGCGCAUCGUGGAGGCCUUUGGCACUGAGGUCUUGCUGGAGAACGGCGACAUCGAUCGCAAGGUCCUGGGGGACCUGAUCUUUAACCAGCCCGACCGGCGGCACCUGCUCAACUCCAUCACCCACCCUGAGAUCUGCAAGGAAAUGAUGAAGGAGACCUUCAAGUACUUCCUCCGGGGGUACCGGUACGUGAUUCUGGAUAUCCCCCUGCUGUUUGAGACCAAGAAACUGCUCAAGUACAUGAAGCACACGGUGGUGGUGUACUGUGACCGGGACACACAGCUGGCCCGGCUGAUGCAGCGUAACAACCUGAACCGCGAGGACGCAGAGGCCCGGAUCAAGGCCCAGCUGCCCCUGAAGGACAAGGUCCGCAUGGCCCGCCACGUUCUAGACAACUCGGGCGAGUGGAGCGUCACCAAACACCAGGUGGUCCUCCUGCACGCCAAGCUGGAGCGCUCCCUGGAGUACCUGCCGCUGCGGCUCGGGCUCCUCGCGGGGUUGGCCAGCAUCGCCAGUUUCCUCUACCUGCUCACCCACUACCUCCUGCCUUCCCCCUAGCUGGACCCUCCGAGGCAGAAAUUACUGUCUCCUCGAAGGCUGGAACCAAGUAACGAAUGCAUCCGAUUUCCUCCCAGCCCCUCCACACACACACUCUGGAUCUGGGCUGGAGCCCUGCACUGGGCCGACCCUUCCUCGGAGCCCAUCCUGUCCGAGGCAGAGAAACAGCCCUCCGUCGGCAGAUGCUCCUUCUCACCUCCCCAGGGCCCCUCCCUCUGGAACCCGCCACAGAACAGUGUCCGUGAGGAGGCCUGGAAGCAGCAGCGGGAGACUGUUGUAAAUUUCUUGUGGGUGGGGUGAGGAGCACUCUCAGUGACCGUCACCAGUGUUUAAAGCUAACACUAAAGUUAAAGAGGGCUUGAACCCUCUCCUAGCACAUGCCCCAUCAUGGCCAAAACCCCCUUUGUGGACCAUGGGAAAUCAGUUUGGACCAAGGGCUGCCACCUUCAAGCAGGAUUCUCACAUAGAUUGAAGCCCUUGGACGGGAUGCAGUAAGGAUUCUCUUGUGAGUGAUGCUAUAGUGGGGCAGAGGCCAGGCCUCUUCUGGGGUGACCCAUCGUCCCACUGUGGCAUUUCCCUAGCACUCCCCGCACUCUGCUCCCCACCUCUCACUACUCUGCCUCCCUCUCCACAGCCCUGAGCUCUUGGCGGUCUACACGCACCGGGCCGUUUCUCGCCUCUGUGCCUUCACCUUGCUGCUCCCCAGUCUGAAAUACCUUUGUUUCCCCUACAACUUGCCACCUUCCAGCUCAGUCACCACCUGAAACCCCAGGCUGGCUGAGGUGCUCUGGGAUACCCACCCACCCCCCCCACACAUGUUUUCCCUGAAUCCAUAGUAUAAUAAUUAGCCAAAAGCUGGUAGUCUCUCCUGCUAGACUGUAAGCCCUUUGAGGGCAGGGACUAUGUCUUACUCAUCUCUGUGUUCCUGGUGCCGAGUCUGACUCACCAUUGGUGCUGAAUAAAGUGUGUUGAUCUGAAA